GGCGGGGCCAAGCGGGGCCGGCACCGGGAGCGGCACCGGGAGCGGGACCGGGACAGGCACCGGGACCCACGUGCAGCGCACACCGAGAUGUGGCCGCUCCGCCUGGGCAGGACCCUGCAGCGCUGGGGGGCCCGGGUGGGCAGCGGCCCCCGGCGGGCACAGCACGGCCCCGCCGCCGCCGCCGCCCCCGGGCCGUGCCCGGGCUGGAAUUUCUGCAGCCGGGCAGCUCUGGAGGCCCUGGGCUCCUGCCUCAACAACAAAUACUCGGAGGGGUAUCCUGGGAAGAGAGAGCUCAGCAUCCCAAAAUGUGAAACCCAGACCCACAGUAAAGCAGAACAGAACCUGAAACGGUUUGUCCUCACCCUGUGCCUCCCCCGCAGCCUCACCCACGGUUACAUGAGUGACACCAAGAGGAUCUCGGCCACCUCCAUCUUCUUCGAGUCCAUGCCCUACAAGCUUGAUCCCGCCACAGGCCUGAUUGACUACGCGCAGCUGGAGGUGACGGCGCGGCUGUUCCGCCCGCGCCUGGUGAUCGCGGGCACCAGCGCCUACGCGCGCCUCAUCGACUACGGCCGCAUCAGGAGGGUGUGCGAUGAGGUCAAGGCCUACCUGCUGGCCGACAUGGCCCACAUCAGCGGGCUGGUGGCCGCCAAGGCCAUCCCGUCGCCCUUCGAGCACGCCGACGUCGUCACCAGCACCACGCACAAGACCCUGCGUGGCGCCAGGUCGGGGCUGAUCUUCUACCGCAAGGGCGUGCGCUCCGUGGAUAAGAAGACGGGCAAGGAGACCCUCUACGACCUGGAGGACAGGAUCAACUUCUCGGUGUUCCCCUCCCUGCAGGGGGGACCCCACAACCACGCCAUUGCUGCCGUGGCCGUGGCCCUCAAGCAGGCCAGCUCCCCAGCCUUCCGGGAGUACUGCCAGCAGGUGCUGAGGAACGCCAAGGCCAUGGCACAGGCGCUGCUGCAGCGGGGCUACACCCUCGUGUCAGGUGGCACUGACAACCACCUGGUGCUGGUGGACCUGCGGCCCAAGGGCAUCGACGGGGCGCGGGCAGAGCGGGUGCUGGAGCUCGUCUCCAUCACGGCCAACAAGAACACGUGCCCGGGGGACAAGAGUGCCCUGACCCCCGGGGGGCUGCGCCUCGGUGCCCCCGCGCUGACCUCCCGCCAAUUCCGCGAGGAGGAUUUCCACAAGGUCGUGGAGUUCCUCGACGAGGGCAUCGCCCUGGCCUUGGAUGUCAAGAGCAAAACCAGUAAGCUCCAGGACUUCAAGACCUUCCUGCUGCAGGACCCGGAGACGCAGCGGCGCCUGAGCGACCUGCGGCAGCGCGUGGAGACCUUCGCCCGUGCCUUCCCCAUGCCCGGCUUCAGCGACCACUGAGGGGGGCACGCCCCUGCUGCCAGGCUGGGCUCGCUCCUGGGGGGUCACAGAGGGGCUCAGGCCCCCCCUCUGCCUUCCCCC